AUGCACAUGUUUUACCUACAGUCAAAUCACACGGUGCAGCAAAAUCUGGAACGAAGCCCACUGUUAACCACCGAAGACGAACCCUUCAAGGGCAAUCUACCCGCAGCAAACGUUCUAAUCUGCGAUCGUCUUCACCGUCACUCAAGAAGGUUGAUUCUCCAGGAGCUUCGUUCCCUCUUGAAACACCUCCGUCCAUUAACGACCUUCCGUCAAUCCCGCAUUCUGUGCAAAGAUGUCUUAGUCGAGAUUCUUCCUAUCAAAUCCCUUGUAAGUAAAUCAUCCACCGACCUCGGCUCGCGUUCUCAUGGUUCAAGAAAAUCCCUCGGGCAGCAGCCUCCAGAUGCACCUCGAACAGCAUCUCGUGACCUCAUCCGUGCCGUCUGCAGUACCCUCUGCAGCCAGCUAGUCUCGAGCAGACAACGAGAACACCUAGUGCACGCCCAAUCAAUUUACUCCCUUCUGAAA